AUGGAUUGGACCAAUGAGAGCACCCAGGGAAAUUUCAUCCUUUUGGGGUUUUCUGACCGCCCCCAUCUGGAGAGGAUCCUCUUUGUGGUCAUCUUGAUUGCAUAUCUCCUGACCCUUGUGGGCAACACCACCAUCAUCCUGGUGUCCCGGUUGGACCCCAAACUCCACACUCCUAUGUACUUCUUCCUCACCCACUUAUCCUUCCUGGACCUCAGUUUCACCACCAGCUCCAUCCCUCAGCUGCUCUAUAACCUGAAUGGGCAUGACAAGACCAUCAGCUACACAGGCUGUGCCAUCCAGCUCUUCCUGUUUCUGGGCCUGGGUGGUGUAGAGUGCCUGCUCCUGGCGGUCAUGGCGUAUGACCGGUUUGUUGCAGUCUGCAAGCCCCUUCACUACAUGGUGAUCAUGAAUCCACAACUCUGCUUAGGCUUGGUGUCAAUAGCCUGGGGCUGUGGAGUGGUCAACUCUUUGAUCAUGUCUCCAAUGACUCUGUGGCUGCCCGGCUGUGGGUACUACAAAGUCGACCACUUCCUGUGUGAAAUGCCUGCUCUGAUCCGGAUGGCCUGUGUCAAUACAGCUGCUGUUGAAGGCAUUGCCUUUAUUUUGGCCGUGGGCAUUGUUCUGUCACCCUUGGUGUUCAUCCUGGUCUCCUAUGGCUACAUUGUGAGAGCUGUAUUAAGUAUCCAGUCAUCCUCAGGGAGGCACAAAGUCUUCAACACCUGUGGCUCCCAUCUCACAGUGGUCUCCCUCUUUUACGGGAACAUCAUUUACAUGUACAUGCAACCAGGAACCAGCUCCUCCAAAGACCAAGGAAAGUUUCUCACUCUUUUCUACAACAUUGUCACACCACUCCUGAAUCCCCUAAUCUACACACUCAGAAACAAAGAGGUGAAGGGGGCAUUAAGAAGAUUGGUUUUGGGAAAUCUAGGUUUAAAGAAGAGAGUUUAA